AUGGCGGUGAUUGCCCCUGUGCAUGCCGAUGCGGGGUUCCAGGAGAACCACCACGCCCGCGCCUUCAACGACAACGUCUUGCAGACCACCUCCGAGGUCGACUCCGACGGCUCGCCGGCCCAGGCCUCGUCCCUGCCUUCCUCGCCCAGCGAGGGCCUGGAUCUGGGCCUGCUUUGGAUGCCCCCCGGCAAUCUGGAGUUUGCCUCACAGCACGGAAUGGUGGUCAAGAUUGAGUCCAACUGCCUUGAAGACGACGACUCCUCUGUGCGCAUCGUCAUCGAGCGUGCCUGCCCGGUCCGGAUCCCGGGUGACCUCUGGGUCGCCAACGCCGGUGGCCUGGCCGCCACGUUCCAGAUCGACGUGCUGCACACCUGGCGCCGUGAGGACCAACUCGACGGGAAUGGCCGCUUGUGCCCCUUCUUCCCCAACAACAGGGGCAACGGUGGCGGCGGAGUGCCACCGAGGCACCGAGUGGUCACCCUGCCAACAGCCCUCCGGGCUCUGCGGGCAAUCCUCUCCCGCGCUUCGGCUCGCCGAGACCUCUUGCUUGGGACCUUCCUCGCCCUUUUGGUGGUCUGGCGUGCUAGUUCCAGGCUUGCCGCUCGGAAUCCUAAUGGCUUCGUCAACAUGACCACCAAGGCUGUGAACCAGAAGGCCCUGAGGGAGACUCUGGCCCCUUGUUCCGCCGAACUUAAGCUACCGCUGUCAGCGCGUCGCAUCCUCAAGAAGAAGAACCCGCUGAAGGCGCUGGACCUCCCCCGCCUCGCCAAGGCUACGGGCCUUGAUUGCACCAGUAGACGCGCUGUUGCGAACAUCCGUGGCCACGGCCAAUCCGACAGGUGUGUGGUUGUCAAAGACAACAUCGUCAAGACCCACUCCCAGCUUGAUGCCUUCAGGAGGCUAAGCUUGUUGCCACUGACCAUCGUAGUGUUCGCUCCUUCAUCCCCCAAUUUAGAUGCCUCCCACGAUAGCUCGGCGGUUGGCUCCCGUGGCGGCCUGCUCACUGCUUGGUGCUUUGACUUCUUCUCCCUUGCCCGACGGGAGUCCUCUGCUUUCAUAAUUAUGGUGGUCCUCCAAUCCACCACCUCUGACCUUCAUUUCGCCGUGACCAAUGUUUAUGGACCUGCUGACCACACCCUCACUGAUCAAUUCCUCAGUGAUUUGAACGAUGUGGCGACCACCAGCACCGACCCCUGGUUUCUGAUUGGGGACUUCAACCUCACACGUGCCCCUUCCAACAAGAACACGCCGUCGUUUAACGCCUGUUUAGCCUCACGGUUUAACCAGGCCAUUGAUGCUUUGUAA